UAAGUGUGCCCAAUACGAGCGAUAUGUACAAGUGGAGACCCUAUCAAGUCUUCGUUAUAGGUGACUACGGCUUCCAAAAUAUGUCAGAUUUUGGGGAGUAUGCUCAGAGGAUGCUCAAUAUGGUUACGCUGUUGACGAAGAUGUCCAAGUUCCGUUGUCCCUUGAAGCUCAAAGCUGUUGGGACAACCAUUCUUUCGUCGCAUGACCAGCAGCGACUUUUACCGCGCGAAAACGGUAAAGUCAUCGUUCCAGUUGACCCCAACCUGUUCUACUACUUCAACAUUUAUGCUGACGUGGCUGAUAUCGUGCUUGUACUUACAAGCGACGAACUGAGCGUCUCUGAUUACUACGGAUGGACUCCAACUCAGAACUACGCGUCUUUGUGCAUGGCAUAUAAGUUGCUUCUAAUGUGGGACGCACCAAAUAGUUACAGCUCGGUGGAGUUCAUUACCCGUCAUCUCAUUCAAAUGCUCGGGGCUCCUGAUUCAUCUUGCCUGGACAGAGUCGAUGAGUCAUGCUGCAGCGCUGUGGUUUCAGCGUAUAAGAAAGCUCUCUCUGGAUAUAACUAUGCAUGCUACAAUACGGAACUGACAUGCUGCCUUCCAAGAGUGGCUGAAGCGGUCGCCUUUGACAAGCGUGCGUUCUGUGACAUAUGGGUGAAACGACAAGGACUUCCCGGAUUCCAGCUGGAACCCAUUGUGCUGGAAGGCUCCUGCAAAAUUACAUGCGGUACGAGCGCCUACUCUUCAGUCAGCGUUACGGCAGUUUUGCCCGACGGGAUUCCGUGUGGACUUCAGGCAUUUGCUGGCUGUCCUGAUCCAGGGCUCAAGGUUUGCCAGAGCGGUGUGUGCAACACGGGAUUCUACGACAGGUUGCUUACCCUCCGUAGCAUAUGGGACCUUCCACUUCAAUCAAAGGAUGGCCCCCAGUGCACAUGAUUGAUAAACGCUCCAUGUGAGUACGUCAAUUGUGCGUAAUAAAAAUCAUUAUA